GAUGCUACGGAUGCUCUCGCAGGCCUCGCACUCAGUCUGCCGGCAUCGUUUCUUCUAAUUAGAACGUCAAUUUAAAUUGAGAUGCAUCGGAGGCUGUGAUUCAAUUUCUAUAUAUAAAGCAAAUAUUUGUGCAUAAGUAUAUAUAUAUAUAUAUAUUCGACAAUAACUACUAUCAGCUGUAAAAUGGUGUACGAAACCUCCUACGAGAGCGGCCGCAAGCCAUUCAAACCCGACCUAAGUCGUGGCAAAUGGGAAAAGCCAACGGAUUUCAUUUACGCCUGCUUUGGAUUGGCACUCAAAUUGGAUAUAUUUGUUAUUUCGUAUUGGUUUUAUUUCGACAUGGGCUUGUUUGGCAUAUUACCUUACUAUAUCUAUAUGGCUCUAUAUCUGGUGCCCAUUAUGGUCAUACACUCCUUUAUGGGUCAAUUCUCCAGCAGCGGUUUCAUCUCUGCCUUUCGUGUUUCGCCCUUUUUCAAAGGCAUUGGCUAUAUGAGUCUGGCACUAAGUCUGGCGAGUCUGUUGUAUUAUAGCAUCUUUGCUAUAGUCCCAUUGAUAUUCAUAGUGCAUUCCCUGCGUCCUGCUUUACCUUGGAGCUGUGAGAAUUUUGUGCCGGACAACAAUAUCACAACUAUCUGUAAUAUGACGGAAAAAGCUGUGGAUACACUUUUAUCCAUUGAUAAUGAAACGGAAUUAUAUUCAUUUACUAUGAUACAUGUGCCAUCCACGAUUUUCUUUCAACAUCACUAUGAGGCAUACAAAGAAACUCAAUCAUAUUAUAUUUCCCCAAGUAAUGAUUUGUCCUGGCACAUCGUGGGCUACUCAGUUGCCAUUUGGGCCAUAAUAACUUUAAUUUUCUACAAAUUUUCCGAAACUGCGAAGUUCGGUAAAUUGAUUCGCUAUAUGGUUGUCUCCACUUUGGUGCUACUGGUGAUAUGUAUUAUACGCUUUUUAUUUCUACCCGGCGCCUUGGAUGGUCUCACUCACUAUACAAAGCCUCAUGCGCAACACAUGUUCGAAGGAGGCCUUUGCAUGACAGUUAUAGUACUACAAGCCUUUGGCUCUGGCUGGGGCACCAUCGUAGCUUUGUCUAGCCACAACAACUUCAAGACGAACAUCAUGAACUACAGUUGGAUCAUUGCCUUCGGUCAGACACUCGUGUAUAUACUGUUUGGCAUGGUAAACUUUAUGCUCAAACAUUAUUUUCAAACACUUCAUUCCGAUAAUUUCAAUACAUUUGUGGAGGGGAAAUGGGCAUUGUACUUAUCAACCGCUAGUGUUCUGUCCACAAUGGAGUUGCCUAAUCUUUGGACUAUCAUGUACUACACCAUGUUGCUGCUGGGCUCAUUAAUUGUGAUGAUCACGCAACUUUUUUCUGUAUUUACGAGCCUUUUCGACGAAUUUGAGCUGCUGCGACACCGUAAACAGGAAGUUAUCUUUGGUACAUUGGGCGUGCUGUCCAUCGUAUCGCUAUUGUUUUGCACUAAUAAUGCCGUUGAGUACUUUUCGGCAUUGUCCUUGGACGCAAUCAUGACUCACAGCCUCAUGCAUUUGAUUCUGCUGCUGGCUAUACUUUGGGUCUAUGGACGCCAGCGCUUCCAGCGUGACAUCGAGUUUAUGCUGGGACAGCCAUUUGCCUCAUGGAAGAUAUUCAUAUUGCGCUUUAUAGCUCCGCUGUUCUUACUGAUUUCCUUGCUCGUAGGUAUAUUUAUUUCAUCAUUUGAGCAUGCAUUUAGCUCAGACGUUAUGGUAAUUAUUAGUCUGGCUGUGGUGUUGCUAUCAGUUCUCUGCAUUCCCGGCUACGGUGUCCUAAUAAUGUGCCAGAAUACGGGCAGGUUUUGUAAUCGGUUUCGACGCGCCUGUCGACCCAACGAUUGGUAUCCCACUGAAAUGGAGGAUCGCCAGCAAUAUGAGGAGGUUGUGGGCAAUGCUGAUAUAACACAUCAGCUCUAUGAGGUAACCGAGGAAGUGAAUUGAUCAGCCGAAAAACUGAUUGCAUUUGUGAAUAUUAUUUCCAAUUUAAUAAAAAGACGUUUGAUUUUUGAU